CAACAAUUGGGAAAAAUGAGUACGUACCGUUUGAUAAUCAUCAUAAAAAAGACCCUCUUCUUGAGCGAAAUCGGCCAUUCUCUCGGAAUCCGGACAGAGUUUCGACGGGUUUUUAGUGAAAACCAAAGAAAAAGUAUUUUGGAGGCAGAUCGGACUUAGCCGCAACCAACAAAAAAACUAAUUCUAAGGUUGGGUGGGAAGGGGUUGGGUAGAGAGAAGUUAGAGGGAAAGAGGGAGAGAGGUGGAUGGUGUGCAGAAAAAGAAGAAGGCGGCGGCCGGGGGGGGGGGGGGGGGGGGGGGGGGGGGGGGUUUAUAGUGCUCAAACCGCGUGGGGGAGGGUCGGUGGAGUAAAUUCUCGCCACCACAAACCGCGCCCCCAGCACGUGGUUAUAGUUUCCCGAUGGUCAAACCGCGCAUCAGACACGCGGUUUCAUUUUCCCAACGGUCAAACCGCGCCUCGGGCAGGCGGUUUUUGUGGACGACACGGACUGCUGACUUGGCACACGUUUUAUCCGUCUAAACGCUUCUCCGACUGGCGGUUUGAUGCACCGCCACGUGGCAACACGGUUUGACAGCCUUGCAAGUUUAAACCGCGCCUUGGGGCGCGUGUUUCCCUUUAACCGCCGCCUGGAUUAGCGGUUUUAAAUAAAGGGUGGUAUUUUUGGAAAUUCUUUGGAGUGGGUGGUAUUUUUAUAAUUUUUUUUUAACAGUGGUAGUUUUGGAUUUUUUCCUUGAUUUACUACUUCUUGUUAGAAAUUGUUGCACAUAUUUUGUGAUUGCUCCGCCAUUAACAUCAAAUUGAAGUAAAUAUGAAAUGUUUACUAUCCUACGUGUAUUAGUAAUCCAAACUUAGAAAUAAAUUUUCUUUGAUUUCACUUUUUGUUAACCUCCAUUUUUGUUUUUUAGAUAACAUUUAAAUUUGUACGUUCAUAUCAUCAAAUAUCACCCCAUGCUUGGAUAAUUGAGCUAAUUGAUUGAAACUCAUGAGUAAUUCCUUUGAAUUUGAUAUGUAAUGUACUAUUUCUUGUUUACGUUCAAUUCCUCAAAAGUUUAACUUAUAUGGAAACCUUCAUUUUCCAUUUGAAUAUUAAGAAAACUAAAAUCCAUAAUUUUUGUUACUUUUAAAAUUUGUAUGAAUGUUUUAAUGGCCACCCAAUUGGAUGGAUUAUAAUACGAUCAUUAAUUUCUUAUGAUUUUUACUCCUAUCUAAAUAUGAAUGACAAAUAAUAAUUUAAGUACUUGACAAAAUCCUAAGUCAUUUUUCGUCAUCCUUGUCUAAGUACUUUUCUAUUGCUAAGUGUGGCUCAACUAUUAGCUAAUAAUUCUAAUACAUUAAUCAAAUAUACACACUCGCUGGCAUGCUAUUUGGAGGUCUUUUUCGUCAGUGACGUGUCUUUUUGCUCAUUGGAGUUUGUUUAGAGCUCCACAUAUAGUGACAAAGCGGUCUAUUUCAUUGGGAAGUGGCUGCAUACGAACUAUCGCUUGUCGUUGUAAUCAUUGUUGUAAUUACCACAUCUUUAAGACUUUAAAAUUCUCUUAUCUAUCAUUCAUAGCUUAGUGUUUGCACGUUUCUAACCCUUAACCAACCUUUAUUAUUCCUUCAUUUAGGUUUUUGAACAAGAACUCUGUGAUCUUUUUUUUUUUAAAGGAAGUUCAUUAAGAAUACGACUGGGCCAAGCCCAAAUGGAGAAAUACAAGUAGAAAUAGUAACCAGGCAUGAAAAUCCACAACAAAGAGGCCAAACAUGCGGCCCAGAACCCAAUAGGGCCCGGACCCGGGCCAAAACAUGUCAAGAUUCCCAAACCCUAGCCGCACAUCCCCACCCCUCUGGAACUGCUGCCGCCGCAGUCGAAAACCACCACCGCCGUUUAGCCACCCAACCGACGUCGCCACCGCAGCCAAGCACCAAAACAGGGGAUCGAUUCUCGCCGACCUCGGAAGGAGGACUGAGGAAAAGAACCUCCCACCAACCCACCACGAGCCAGUCGCCUUCAGCCUCCCGCCGAUUGAACGCGGGACAACAUCAUCCGACAGGUCGACGACGAGAGAACCAGAGGGAAAGGUACUUCUGUCUUCAAGCUUUCCCCUCUGAGUCCGACGCCAAUGGCUACAUCUCCGACUCACCAAGAUUUGCAAGGAAAGACAAGGAGGUAGACAUGGGAGAGAAAAGGAGAAGACAAGCCAGUUCAGGUUUAGAUCUGGCCUCCAUCGCAUCUUAGAUCAGGCCACCAUCUCCAGAUCUGGGUACCAGAUCGAAGGACAAAAAAAUACAACCCACCAGAGGGGGGAGGAAAAGAGACCCACCAACGGGCGAAAACAGAGUCAGGAAUUGGCUGGAAAUCGCAAAAGCGUGAACGAAAAGAGAAGAAAACAGGCAAAGCAUAAAGAAAAACGAAAGAAAAAGGGCGGAGGGCUACCGCCGGCCGCCGGAAGGACAGUGGCAGCAGCCCCCACUCUCGUCUGAAAAGGGAGCGCUAGAGAGAAGACGUAGAAAAAGAAAAAGGAGUGUGAAAGGGGAAAGAGUCUCCUCUAAUUGCUGGACUCUGUGAUCAAUGUACUUGACUAUAUACCUAAAAUUGUACCAACAAUUUAUGACCGUAACUUUUUGGUUGGAUGCAUUAAUCUAGGGUAUCAAAUAUACUCAGCUAAGAUGCAAGGCACUUAACGCAUAGCCUCAGCGAAGAUCCUCAAGCAAGCUAAUCAUUGUUGGAAAUUUCAUAUAGUCAUAUUAUCUAACCAUUCUUAAAUUUGGCUUAAUGUAAGAUGUUGAGCAAUAUUUUGGCAUGAAAAUGACAUCUUUCUCCCUAAAUCAAUUGUGUCAUGGAUACACAUUAAAUUGUAAGAUAUAUAAUCGUUCAGAACCGAAUCGAAAACCGGAUAAGGACCGGAUAAGAGAGUCCAACACCCAAAAUUUAAGCAACUCCUCACCAUUUCAGGCCUCAGAGGCCCACUGAAAUCCCAUAAGCUCAAUCCAAAAUCAAAACCAAAUUGGAACCGGAACAGUUCAAUACCGGAGUGGAUCAAGACCGGACUAUAUCCAAUCCAAUCCAAUCCAAUCUUUGGUCCUUAUAUUCCCAAAAAUACCGGACCGGACCAAUUCGUGCCAAUUUAACCGAAUUGGACCAUAUAGCCACCUCCACCCCCAUUGUAAAGGAAUAAACGGCUAGAUGUGUUAGGGCUGAGGAGAAAUAGGGUUUAACUUUGAUAAUUUUUUAGGGUAAUACCACUAGGAAUACCAUCCUUUAGCGAAAGUACCAUUUAUAUUACGUAUUUUCAAUAAACACAAAAUAUUCCGACAUAUUAGGGGUUUACGUCAUUUGUGUUUCGCGAAUUUUUGUUGUCCGUUAGAGUUAACGGUUGAACCUAACGGUGGUCAACCUUUGUUAGACCAACAAUGAAGUGUCGCCUAUGUG